AUGAAGAGCCUAGUCAAGCAAAUACGAUUCCCAGAGCUCGAGGGUAUCCUUGAAUUCGUGCAAGAUGCCGCAGAGCGCUCUGGCAGAUGGGUCAACUGGCAAAUUAUCCGAGGCAAGCGACAUAUAUUCUGGGAGACGGACCGCGACCUGAUAUCGCGAUGGGCGCAAUCAAUCAUCGAAACAGAAGAGCGUCUACGCGAAACUACCCAGCACGAGAAGUUCCUCAAGGAUUGUAUUCAAAAGUUCCAAGCCUCCUCCGACGAAGCAACCAAAACAAUCCUAAUACCGGACAUGAUCGAGGAUAUAAUAUCUCUAGACCAUGAGUACACCCGUCUUGAGCGGACAUACGACACGAUCUUAGCGGGGUGUCCUGUCGGACCUAUCAAGAGCGGAUAUAUGUGGAUUCGAAGGGAGCCGCAGUGGUAUCUGAGGAAUGAGACCGUCUGGGCUCCAGGAACAGUCAAACUAGAGGAUAAAUCAGUUCACCGAUCCGGGGACCAACUGGUGUUAUUCCCCACCCCAUCAGCCGACCCCAAUGAUCCCCUCAAUUGGUCAACAUCUCGCAAAAUGCUCAAUUUCACCCUAGUCAGCUUCUUCGUGCUAUGGACCUUCGUACAACUCGACAUCGGCUUCACGGCAUGGGGCCCAAUUCAAGAAGAACUCAACUUCUCAGUCGAUAUACUCAACGCCCAAGCAGCCGUCAACUACGGCGGUCUUGCGAUAGGCUGUAUUUUCUUCAUGCCUCUAGUCCACAAGUACGGUCGACGCCCAAUUUACAUAUUCAGCGUCGCCCUGCAGUUUGCAUCAUGCAUCUGGCAGGCACAGACUUACACUGUCGGCGAUCUAAUGGGCAGCGGCCUCAUAUCCGGCAUCGGCGGCGCAAUCAGCGAGAUCAUCGUGCAGAUUACUAUCGCAGACAUGUUCUUCGUGCACCAGCACGCCACGAUGAAUGGAUGGUACGUCAUCGGCCAGUCGACAGGAGCAUUCCUUGGCCCCGUAGCAUCGGGAUACAUUGUGGUCGCACAAGGGUGGAGAUGGAUGUGGUGGUGGUGUGUGAUUUUCUUCGGCGUCACACUAAUCUGUGUGAUAUUCCUUUUCGAGGAAUCGAAAUAUAUCCCCGUUCUGAAUGGUCGGGAGGUUACUGCCACGGAACAAGUGAUUGGAGAACCGUCAAACCCAUAUAAGGAUACGGAGGUAACAGACUCAAAGGGCGCCAAUGAGAUCGCCACCCGUGUGCCGUCCAAUAUCAACCCGGACAUUAAGAUGAAGACUUAUUUCCAGCGCAUGGCUUUAGUGACCACCACUGACGAAGCGCUGUGGCCACAUUUUUACCAACCGAUCGUGGCACUCUUUACCUUCCCGGCUGUUGGGUAUGUGGCUAUCACAUACGGGUCUAUGCUGAGUUUAUUCGCGAUCAUGACUUCGCUACAGGCUUCCUACCUGAUUGUACCGCCCUAUAAUUUUGAUGCAGUUGGCGUUGGCCUCAUGAAUGUGGCUCCAUUUGUUGGCGGUGUUCUCGGUUUUCCCUUUGGUGGGCAUUUGAGCGAUAAAUCUAUUCUGUGGUUAUCCAAGCGCAAUGGAGGUAUUUAUGAACCGGAGAUGCGUCUUUGGCUUGCUCUUCCUAUUGCCGUUCUUACCCCUGCGGGAAUACUCAUGUUCGGUUUGGGAAUUGCCAGUGGUGUGCAUUGGGCUCUUCUUGCUGUUGGGUUUGGCUUCUAUGGGUUCUCGCUUGCUGCCGUUAGCGGUAUCGCGCUUUCCUAUCUCAUGGAUUGCUAUCAAGAUAUCAUUGGUGACGCAUUGGUUGGGGUGAUCUUUAUGCGAAACAUCUUCUCGGUGAUUGUGCUUUUUGUCCUGACACCCUGGGUCAAUGGGAUGGGCAUGCGAGACUUGCACAUUCUGGUUGCAGUUGUUGCAUUUGUGAUUCUGUUAAUCCCUAUCCCGCUUCUCAUCUGGGGUAAGAAGGCUAGGGUUGCUACUGCAGCGAGUUACAGGAAAAUGGCGGCAAAUCAGCUUAGCCAUCGGACUAUUUAG